AUGUCUUCAGAAGAGGGACAGGUUAUUGGUUGCCACUCUGUUGAGCAAUGGACGGAGCAGUUUCAGAAGGGCGUUGGGCUCAAUAAAUUGGUGGUCGUUGAUUUCACAGCUUCGUGGUGUGGGCCAUGCCGGGUUAUUGCCCCGAUUUUUGCUGAGAUUGCCAAGAUGGCAACACAUGUUAUAUUCUUGAAGGUGGAUGUUGAUGAACUCAAGACUGUUGCUGAGGAAUGGAAAGUGAAUGCCAUGCCGACCUUUGUGUUCCUCAAAGACGGGAAGGAAGUGGAUAGGCUCGUGGGUGCAAAGAAGGAGGAUUUGCAGGCACUUGUUAACAAACACGCUACUCUUACCGCUUGA